AUGGCUACCCUUGAGGCUCAAACCAAUUUGGACAAGAGCGAGACAAACGCUACGAGUUCUAGUGGUAACGGGGACUCGAACUUCUAUGCCAACUAUGGCCCGCUAGCGCAUGUCACCACGACCAGUACUCGCCUCCCUCCCUUUGGAGGUGAGUUCCAGCCUGGACUGUACAGGCCAGUUAAGGAGCGCAAGAUCGCCAAUCCAGCACCUUUGGGAUUGAGCGGUUUCGCGCUCACUACCUUCGUCCUGGGUUGCAUCAAUAUGGGCGCUCGAGACAUCACGGAGCCAAACAUAAUUGUUGGUCUUGCGUAUUCCUACGGUGGAUUGGUACAGCUUUGCGCCGGGAUGUGGGAAAUGGCCGCAGGCAACACAUUCGGUGCUACUGCAUUGUCCUCCUACGGCGGCUUCUGGAUCGCAGUAGGCAUUAUCUUCACUCCUGGAGGAUUCGGCAUCAUGUCCUCACUAGAGCAAGCCGAUAAAGGCUCUGUUGGAAUGUUCUACGACUCCUUCUCAUUAUUCUUAUUCGGCUGGUUCAUCUUCACCUUCCUAUUACUCACCUGCACCGUCAAAUCGACCGUAGCCUUCUUCCUUCUCUUCCUCACCGUCGACGUCGCCUUCUUCCUUCUCGGAAUCGGCUACAUGUACCGCGACGAACACGAGAACCCAAACAAAAAUGUGAUCAAAGCCGGAGGACUCUUUUCGCUCCUCGCUGCAUUCCUAGCCUGGUGGUGCGCCCUAUCAGGUAUUGCAGACGAUAGCAACAGUUUCUUUAUCGUCCCUGCUAUCUACUUCCCUUGGUCGGAGAGGGGCGCGAAGUCGAAAGACCAAUAG